AUGCAUACGCCAUCAGCAACGUUAGCUCUACUUUUCGUGCUUACCAUUUCUUCUUGGCUAAGUGCUGUAGACGCUGUCUGUGGAAGCUACAAUCCAACAUUCUAUACCUGCUGCAAUGGUGUACUGAUUUCUGGAGGUGGACAAUCAUGUUGUGGCACAGCAGCCUACAAUCCAACAUUCUACACUUGCUGUGGUGGUCUCCUGGUUUCUGGAGGCGGACAAUCAUGCUGUGGCACAAAGGGCUACAAUCCAACAUUCUACACUUGCUGUGGUGGUCUCCUGAUUUCUGGAGGCGGACAAUCAUGUUGUGCCACAGCAGCCUACAAUCCAACAUUCUACACUUGUUGUAGUGGUCUACUAACUUCUGGAGGCGGACAAUCAUGUUGUGGCACAAAGGCCUACAAUCCAACAUUCUACUCUUGCUGUAAUGGUGCAGUUGUGUCCGGAUCAAGUUCAGCAUGUGGAAAAUAG